AUGGGCAACAGCGCGAACAAGCUCGAGAAGGCGUUCGCCGGGGACAUCCCCGACGGCGAGCGGUACUUCGGUCUGGAGAACUUCGGGAACACGUGCUACGCGAACAGCGUCCUGCAGGCGCUGUACUUUUGCCAGCCGUUCCGAGAUCGCGUGCUGAGGUACCACGCCGAGCUCGCGAAAGACCACGAGGAGAACCUCCUGACGUGCCUGGGCGAGCUCUUCGCGUCGAUCGCGGGGCAGAAGAAGAGGACCGGGGUGUUCGCCCCGAAGAAGUUCAUCGCGCGUCUGAAGAAGGACAACGAGCUGUUUCGAUCGUUCAUGCACCAAGACGCGCACGAGUUUCUGAAUUACGUCCUGAACGAGUGCGUGGAGAUAUUAGAGAAGGAACACCGCGCGGCGCACCCGACGCCCGCGGGCGCGAGCGCGCCGCCGAUCACGACGUGGAUCCACGACAUCUUUCAGGGGCAGCUGACGAACCAGACGCGGUGUCUGUGGUGCGAGAACGUCACGUCGAGGAAGGAGGCGUUUUUAGAUCUGAGCCUGGACGUGGAGCAAAACGCGAGCGUCACCUCGUGUCUGCGUACGUUCAGCAGCAACGAAACCUUAGACAGCGCGGAUAAGUUCCAGUGCGACGCGUGCGGGGGGUUACAGGAAGCGCACAAGCGGAUGCUCGUGAAGACCGCGCCGCCGGUGCUCGCGAUGCACCUCAAGCGGUUCAAGUACAUCGAGUCGCUCGGUCGCCACAAAAAGCUCAUGCAUCGCGUCGUGUUCCCGGACGAGCUCAAGCUCAACAACAUGGAAGACGAUCUCCCGGGGACCCCGGACGCGGCGUACGGCUUGUUCGCCGUCGUCGUCCACGUCGGCAGCGGCCCGAACCACGGCCACUACGUGUGCCUGGUGAAAUCGCACGGGCAGUGGCUCACCUACGACGACGACGACGUCCAGCUGGCGGACGCCUCCGCGUUGCAAAACGUCUUCGGGUCGACGCGCGAGCACGGCGGGAGCAACACCGAGCACGGGUACAUAUUGUUUUACGCGCGGGAGGACGUCGCGGGGGGCGGGAUGGGGGGGGUGGGGCUGGGAAGGCCGGGCGUCGCGGGGAGGAUGGCCGCCGCGUUGCGGAGCGAGUAG